AUGUUCACAGAAAGUGAACAAGAAAAUUUAUGUGAAUAUUUAAAAACAAACCCAUUGGCCUUUUCAACUGGUAUAAAUCCUUUUAAUAAACAUAAAUUUGACGAAGCUGAUUUUUUGGCGGCAUCAGUCACUUAUCUAAAUCCCAAAUUACAAUCAGAUAAUUUAAAUGCAAAACCUAGUUGCUCUUCUGUAAAAAAUAUUGCGGAAAUUUCUAAGGAAUCUCAGGUUGCUCCUUGUGAAGUAUUAGAAAAAUCAAAUGAUCAGCCAAGUGGCUCAGGGAUGACUGCUAAUGAAAGAUGUGUAACUCCUUCAGUACCUUUUGUAACUCCUGAAACUGUAAAACCGUUCCCAAACGUAAUAGCGUUUCAGACUAAAAGAAAAGGAAGGAAAAAGGCAGUAUCUGAGGUUCUUACUACUACCCCUAUUAGAGACAGAAUUUCGGAGGAAGAAGAAACUAGAAAAAUAAAAAAAGAAAUGCGUGUAAAAAGAGAAGCGAAACAAAACGUAGAGAAAAAUUUGACAGACUGUAGAGAGCAUGAAACAAAAAAAAAAAAUAAAUUAAGAAUCGGUUCCUUUGCAUUAGUUGAAACAAAAUAUUUAAAAAAACAAGGAUUUCAUUUUAGUAAAAUUUGCGACUAA